GAUUGGUGUGGCUGCAUAUUUCUGGGAUUCCGCUCAAAGCCUGGUGUGAUAGAUGUUUCCAAAUGUUGGGCGAGUUAGUGGGAGAAGUGGUUCGGAUUCAUGAAGAUACUACAAAUAAAAUUAUCUUGGGUGAUGGAAGGGUUUUAAUCCUCUGCUCUAAAAAGAGUAAGAUUUUCCGAACUGUAAACCUGAAAGUGGAGGACCAGAUGUAUGAAGUAGGGAUGAUAGAGGAAGAAUGGCGUUCCGAUCCCGAUUGGUGGUUGUCGAACGGCGAUAGGUGGUGUGAGUCAGAAACUGAAUCGGAAUAUUCAUUAAUGCCUAAUGGUAGUGAGGAUGCUGACUUGAUUCACGUCGCAAAAAGUGGAGGGAAUGAGGAUAUUUUUGAUAAGGAGAUGUUGGAAAAGGAAGCUGAUUCAAAUUCAAACGGAGAUUUUGUAACGAAUGGCAGUGACAGCAUGUUAUUUGAAACGGAAGAUAUAAAAGAUGGGCAUAGUGAGCCUAAUGAAUGUAAUGGGCUGGUAAGGGAUAAGCGGAUUGGGCUUGAUGAGGCCUAUGGGCCCGAUGCAAAGUUGUCUCCAAAGAAGGCCAGGGACAGUAAUGACAUAUGGCCUGCAGCAGCGCAUGAGCAUGUCUUGACCCCUGUUCAGAGUCUGGAAAACAGGGGAGCGACGGGCAAAAGGCGGAAGCAUAUUUUGGAGUGUUAUCCGCAAAAUUUGGUAGAAAUUGGAGACAAGAGCACUCAAUGGGUCAUGGCGAGGACCAAGCAGAGACAACACAGAUGGAAGCAGGCUCAACAAGAGGCACUGAUGAAGGUAGGUGAAAGUAUUUCUCUUUCGGAUGGGUGCAUAGUUAAUAGAAAUCAGGUGAUUCAGAGGGAAAUGAAUUUACUAGAGGUUAGAAGGAUGAUUAGUGUGGGGAAAAGGUUGGGUGUUAAGAUUCAAGGGACUGAAGAGGAGGUUCAGUCCAGAUUAUUGCAAUUAGAAGAACCGGAGGUUGUGAAGGAGCAAGGGGAGUUUGCUGGAGAUGGUUUUCUGGGCAUUGAUGGGGUUUGGGGAUCAAAAAAGGUGUUAUGCCAUUUUGUGAAUGUGUACACUCCACAGGAUAGGUAUAAAAAAGUGAGGCUAUGGGAGGAGUUGGGUAAUAUGGUUAUGGAAAAGGGAGGUCGCUGGAUGAUAGCAGGUGAUUUUACUGCUGUUAGAUGUCCUGAAGAAAGGAGAGGAAGAACUGGAGAAUGCCCAGAGAUGGAGGAGUUUAAUGUUUUUAUCGAGACAUCAGGAUUGGUUGAUAUCAGAUUGACGAAUAAACGUUUUACAUGGUAUCGACCGGAUGGUUCUUCUGUGAGUUGGUUGGAUAGAUUUCUGAUGACAGAGGAGAUGUAUAGUUUGGGGUGUGAGUGGGUGCAACAGGGGUUGAAACGGACUGUAUCUGACCACUGUGCUGUUAUCUUGAAAACAAGCAAGUGGCGCGAGUUGGAGGUUGAAGGUUAUGCAGGCUAUCGUUGUAAACAGAAGUUAAAGUUGUUGAAGGAAUUUUUAAAGGGAUGGAAUAGGGAUGUGUUCGGGGAUGUGGAGGCCCAACUUGCAAAGGCAACAGCAAUGGUAGAAAAGAUUGACAAGAGGAAUGAAGAUUUUGAGUUGGAAGAGUUUGAGGUGAGCCAACGACAAGAAGGAGUUCAAGAAAUAUGGGAUGUUUUGAGCAAAAAGGAAGCUAUAUGGAGGCAAAAAUCAAGAUGUAAUUGGGCGCAGUUGGGAGAUGUGAACACCAGAUUUUUUCACAAUACUGCCAAUGGUAAGAGGGCUCAGAAUAAUAUACUGGGGCUCUCGUGCGAUGGUAGAUGGGUGGAGGAGCCUAAAUUGGUUAAGAGGGAGGUAGCCAAAUAUUUCUCUGCUUUGUUUCAAUGUGAAUGUUGACGUACCAAAAUGGAUGGAGUCGCCAUCUAUCCAAAUGAGGUGGGAUAGAUUACCAAAGUCUACGCAGAAAUUGACUAGGCUUGGAGGGUCGAUU